UCUCUCGGUUGGUUUUGUGUUUUAAUUUCCGAAGAAUUUCCAAAGAAAUAUUGUAAUAUAAGUGGUAAAAACACACAUAAUGUCUCUAGAUAUGUCGUGUCAGUGUUGCUUAUUGCGGCCACCAGACAAAGAUUUGAAAUCCACUUAUAGAAUGCUUGGAAAAACAGAAGUUUAUGCUGAUAUGCUGAAGGAAUGUUUUGAGAUACAUAUAUCAGCCACUGAGGGUGACGGAGGCAUAUGCGAGAUCUGCAUAACUCGCCUGCGAGACGCUUGCGACUUCAAGAGCCAAGUACAGACAUGUCAAUUGGCGUUGCAAGACAAGAGCUCACUGAUAAAAGGUAACCUUUCUUCUAUUUUUUUACUACGAGCGUUUGCGAAACUCGACAUCCAUAUACCGGAGUCACUCCAGCAAGCCCCCAACUCCGUCUGGAACGCCCCCAGCGCCUUUACAUUGGUGAUUGCUCUCUUGGAGGUUUCCUGGUGAGCUGAGGUAUUUCACCCCUACUCCGUUGCAUUCCAGCAGAACGUGAGUAGCUGUUUCCUCUGCCUCCGUACAUCCUCUGCAUACUUAGGGUACCUAACAAACGUACCUUUACUUUUAAAGAAAAUUUUAAGAAAAAAAAAUUUAAGGGAACCAGGCAGCAGACGGGACUCGAAUCCGCACCCUUCGCUAUAUAGCCCUGAUGGCCGUGUUGAAUUUUCUCUAUCAAGCUCCUUGUCAACACGAUACGGUUAUAUCACGUGUUCCCUCCCUCUUACAACCUGGGUUCCUUUAAAAGAGGCGUGAAGCAGCAACAUGCAGGCUGGUAGGGUGAGGAUGGCUGGUGAGGCAGGUAGAACUGCUGUAUCAGCUAUCUUCGCGUCUGGACUUCACCUUCACUUAACAUCAGGUGGGGUGGAGUCAUUUGUCGGACCUAUCUAUAUAAAAAAAAUAAGAAUUCACAUUUUUGACAGAUCUUGCUAGAUCUGUAUCUUAAGUAUGAAAUUAAAAAUGCUGCUCAAGUUAUUACUUACGCGAAAGUUAUGCCUAUUACUUGUUUAUAAAUACGACAAAGCCGCGAAUACGUGAUAAGUAACAUGAACACAAUUUCAUGAUUUUCGUAUGUAAUUUACACCAUUUUGGAUGUAGGGUUUUGCUUCUUUUCCAGACGAAUCCAAGUUGAAGGUGAAGGAGGAAAUGGACCUAGAAGACGGCAAUGACAACGACAUAUAUUUCAUGGCUGUCAAAGAAGAGAUGUCUGACUACGAGGUUGACAAAGACGAUUGCGAUCAGCUGGUGGAAAUGCUAGGCUGCAACGAUGUGACCGUUAAAAAGAAGUCCACGGUCAAGAAGAAGAGUGGGAAGAAGAGACCGCUUGUUAUAGAGAAGAGUUCCACAGAUCGCAAAUCGAAGAAACUGAUAAACGGCGCCAUCAAACUAUCCCUCAGAGCGUACUCGCAUAUAGAGAAAAUGAAAUCCCAAAUACCAACCAUACGCUUCAUGACAGAAAGCAAAAAACACCAAAUGAACAUACAGAACGUGUUGAAAUACUCAAAUUGCACACCAUUCUCCAAUAAGACACUGGCUGGCAUAUUCUGCGCUUACUGCAAAGAGACAUAUAGGGACAUACAGUCUUUAAGGUCGCACACGCAGGAAAAACACAAGGAAGACGAAAUACACGAAAACCGGAGAAUGGACAGAAACAACAUUUGCGUCAAAAUGGAUAUAACAGAUCUGAAAUGCAACUUGUGCAAUGCCAACUUUGACACUGUCGCCAACCUCAAGAAACAUCUGACGAAAGAGCACGACAUCAAGUUCUAUCCCGACAUCAACGAUUACAUAUUAGAAUUUAAGCUGACGGAGACUGAAAUGCUGAAUUGCGCCCUGUGCAACUCCACUUUCGAAACGUUCAAAAUGCUAUUGCAACACAUGAACGGCCACUACAGGAACUACAUUUGCGAUGUAUGCGACAUGGGUUUUAUUAACAAACAUCGCUUGAAGAAUCACCAGCGGACGCAUGAAGUGGGAGAUUUCAACUGCUCUUUCUGCGAUAAAGUUUUCACUACGAGAGUCAGAAAGAUGUGCCACGAGAAGUACACCCAUAAUACGAACGCAAGAUACACGACAACUUGUCCGCACUGCGAACAGUCGUUCACGAGUUACUACCAAAGAAACAGGCAUAUGUUUAAAGAGCACAAUACUGUGGCCGCUUCGUACAAAUGCAAUAUAUGCGACAAAUCAUUCAUAUUGAAAUCCAAACUGACAUCGCAUAUAAAGAAAGUUCACUUGAUGGAACGAAAUCAUACUUGUACGGAGUGCGGACAAGGUUUCUUCAUCAAACAAUCUUUGGACGAGCACAUGAUAAAGCAUAAUGGUGAAAGAGUGUUUAAAUGUACGGUCUGUCACAAAGCUUACGCUAGGAAGAAGACUUUAAGGGAGCAUAUGAGAAUUCAUAAUAACGAUAGGCGGUUCAAGUGUGGUGUUUGUGGUUCCGCGUUUGUCCAAAAGUGCAGUCUCAAAAGUCAUAUGCUGUCGAAUCACGGUAUAACGCUGUCGGAAUAUGAAUCGACUCACAUCAGCGCUUCGAGUCCUUAGUAAUCAGUAAAAGUGCGAGUGUUUAUCAAACUGAAAAUAAUUUGUUUAGUUUAGGGUGUUACAAGCACCCAUGAAUGUUUAGAAGCUACGCCAUCGGUUUUGUAAAUCUACGGCGAGAGACCUUGUACUGAGUAGAACCGGCAAGAAACUCAGCAAGGGCUGUGCGAGCUUAGAAGUGUUUGUUUCUCAUCUUUUAGUUGGGUACGUGUAAAAGUUUUAGUUAUUUAUGUUACACGUACGGAAAGUAAGUUAUUACCAAUAAGUACCACAUGGUGUAGACACGAUGCGCUCGUGUUUUCAGUGGUACGCAUUCGUAAUAACCUUUUACCCCUCGUUUACACCAAGGUAUAAAUACAUGUAAGUAUUUAACAAAUGUUAUUGAAGUAAAACUUCAUUACGUACGCUUGACUUGGGGGGUAAGCUGACGAAUGCGAUACGCGUUAAGAAAAGUGUGUUCGGGCGUUGAGUGGCGGGAGUUGUGUGGGGGAUAUAAGCAAGAGUAAGCAGUGCGCGUGCACAUUUUCUUUCUCUCUUUCUCUUAUAGCUAGUUAAUGAAAUAUGUGUAUGUAUAUCUUUAUAUAUAUAAUUCUUCUGUGAGUGUGUAUGUCACUGAACUUCUCUUAAACGACUGGACCGAUUUUGAUGAAAUUUUUGUGUGUGUUCAAGGGGAUCUGAGAAUGGUUUAGAUUCACAAUUUUGUCCGCUGGACAACCCCUAUUUUUUAGGGCGGUACGAAGUUCGCUGGGUCAGCUAGUACAUGUAUAUAUUGUACACACACACAUAUAUAUAUACACAUACAGUUGGAGCCAUAGAAGUUUCACUUCAGUCGUGUGGUUAUAAGCACAUUCGUUUUUUUUCUUUACACUUAUAUAUACUUUAUUUGUUGUGCUGAUGUGAUGGCAUGGUGUAAGAGCUUACUGUAUAUCAAUUUUUAUGUAAUUUAGGAUAAUGUUUUAAUUAAAUUUUCAACUUGAACAAAACUGAAAAAUAUUAAAAAAUAUCAUAAUCUUCUGUUGCGUCGAAUGUUGUUUAGAGUUAUUUAUUUAAAUUAUAAUAAAAAUAAGAAAUUAUAAGUAUUUCUAUGGUAAAGUUUUAUAUUUGUAUAUACAUAUUUAUAAGUCAUCUAAAUAUAUCUGAGAAUAUAGUUAGUAGGUAUAAGGUUAUGAUCAAAUGUGUAUAAUUGUAUAGGUAGCUGCAAUGUUCUUGUGAAAAACCACAGACAAACAAAAUGGCGCUGUUGACGUUUUUGUAUAGAUAGCGGCAAACUUGACCAAAACCAGAGACAAAUAAACUAGCGCAGUAGACGUUUUUGUAUGUAAAAUUGCUACUGCUCAGGGGCUUUCUUGUCUAUGGUCGUUGCUUAAGAAGUUUGCUGGGGUAUAUAUUCACUUGGCCAUCGGUUUGUCCUUUUUAUUCCUUAGGAAGCAUGAUAAGGACAGACUGUUGCCAAGUUUACAAAUAGCAAACACGAAAAGCCAAAUGUGUGGGCAUUAUGUUUGCUAUUUGUUUGUUCCUCGUUUCACGAAAGCUCUCUAAAAGAAAUGCCUGUAAAUAAUAUUUAAGUUGAUAAAUAGUAUUAAAAAAAGUGUUAAAAGUCCAGUUAAUAAAAAAUGUUGAAAACUGAUGUUUUUUAGAUUGCAUAAAUUAAUACGUAAUUAUUUGGCUGUUGUAAAAUUUUAUUUUUUUUAAAUUAUUUGAAUCGUUAUAAUUAUUUUUUUAUCAUUAUAUUUGUCCAUUUACAAUCACCGCUGUAGCUAUAAUUAAAUUGUUUGAAGAUGUUCCCAGAAAUUAGAGACCAAACACACCCAGCGAUUUGUAAUCUCAUAUGGAAUGUGGCUCUAUAUAGAAGCUGGUUUUCGUUCGUAAAAUCGUUAUUAUAAAUAAUAUUAUUUUAUAUACAUUUUUAUAUCCUUUUGUCUGCUGUUUUCCUUUGUAAGAGAAUUAUGAAUUUUUAUUUAUAUAUUUUUUUAUACUGAACCUUUUAUAUUGCUUAGGGAUGUACAUGUACAUAUUUUUACAUUUAUUUAUUGGUUAUGUUAACUUCAGAAUAUAGCGUACAUUAUUAUAUUAUACAAUAUUAAUUUUUAACAUAUUAUUGUAUAUAGUUACUACUCACCGUCCAAAACAUAUUAAUUUUUGUUUAAAAUAGAUCUACAUAUUUACAAUAAUUGUGUAUAUAAUAAUUAUAUCAACUUGUACAAUUUUAUCAUUGUAGUUGUAAGCGCAUUGUGCAAUAAAUGAUUUUUAUUUAAAUUUAUUGUUUUAUUAAUGUAUGAUGACUGUAGCUUGAGCACCGCGAUAUAUAUACACUUCUGGACACAUCUAUUGGCCCACCUUAGAGUUUAGGUUUCGAUGGCCCCUACCGAAAUAUGAUUGCUAGAUUGAACAAAAACUGUUGAUGCAGUUUUAAACCUGAUACAUUUUACCAUCUUUUUUGAUCGUAUUGUUUUAAAUUUGAAUUCAGAAUACCAUACGACAUGGAGCUACACCUAACAAGUCGGAUAUGCGCCUUGUUAAAGGCAAUUGAUUUUUGAAUAAAAAACAUGUUUUAUCAAAUAAAGGUUUAAUUUAAUAACGCGUGUUGCCUCCAUGGGCAUCUACCACAGCUCUCAUACGAUUAGGCAUAGAGUUUAUCAACCGCUCUAUGAAAUUUUGAGGGAUCAUCUCCCAUUCCUCUUCUAUGGCAGUUUUCAACUCCUGCAUCGUCUGGGCAACUGGCUGACGAGCCCUAACACGUCUUUUUAGCUCGUCCCACAUGUGCUCAAUGGUGUUCAUGUCUGGGCUUCUGGCUGGCCAGUCCAUAACUGUGAUGUUCACAUCCCGAAGAUAUUCCCUGACGAUGCCGGCCGCAUGGGCUCUUGCAUUAUCAUGCAUAAAAAGGAAAUUUGGGCCCACAUAGUCCGCGUAUGGUAUCACGUGAGGUUCUAAGCACUCACGAAUGUACCUUUCAGCAUUUAAUGUUGGCAGCCGUGGUCCUGUAACAACCUCAAUUUGAGUUUUGCCGCUCGCGGAUAUACCGCCCCAGACAGUCCAUGAGCCACCGCCAUAAGCAACCCUCUCUUCAAAGCAGCAUUGUGCGAAACGCUCUCCCUUACGUCGGUAGACUUUCUUCCUUCCAUCAUUGCCAUGUAACACAAUUUUAGACUCAUCAGAAAAGAGUACACGGCUCCAAUCUUGCUGUGUCCAAUUUAAAUGACUGCGUGCGAAAUGAAGGCGCGCUGUUCGGUGGGCUCGCGUUAGUUUGGG